AUGAAGUUACAAAAGUUAAUAGAAACCAAUAAUGUCUAUCUCAUCAAUCGACUAGUACACUAUAAUCUUAAACAGGCCACGGGUUGUUCUCGUAGUCGUAUUGUACAGAGACAGCUUUCAUCUUGUUCUUCUUCUUCUACUUCUACUUCUACUUCUUUAUCAUCAUCAUCAUCACCAUUUAAUCGAUUUUAUACUAAUAGCAACAACAACAAUAAUAACCUUUACACCAAUAAUAAUGAAUCUCCAUUUUUAAAAUUUACAAAUACACAUGAUUCUUUAAUUAGAAAUCAAUCGAAUAAAUCAUCAAUCCUUUAUAAUAAUACCAAUAUCAAUACUACAACUACUAAUAAUAACACUACUACUAAUAAUAAUAAUGAUAAUUGUAAAUUUUUAAAAAACAAACAAUUGUUUAUAACAUUUAAUAAUAAUAAUAAUAAUAUAAAUGAACAAUUUGAUGUUAAUCAUCUAAGAAGAAGUUUAAGAAGAGGAAUCAACAAAUUUGAAAAUAAACUAUUUCAACAAGAACAACUGUCAUCAUCAUCAUUGUCGAAAAGACAAUUUCAUUCCAAUUUACCAAACUAUGUAGUUUGGACCAAGGCAAUCCGUAUUGUUUUACCAAUAGCAAUGACUGGUAUAAGACAAUGGAUCAAUCGAGGAAACAAAGCACUUCGAUUUGGUAUUGCAUUGGUUGUAGUGUCUGGACUACUAUCAAUCUAUGUCUACCUAAACAUGGAGACUACUCCCAUCACUGGUAGACUUCGUUUUAUUGGACUGUCGGCCGAUGAAGAGUGUGAAAUUGGUAAUAUGGGCUAUGAAGCCAUCAUGGCCGAAUAUGGUGACCAAUUGCUUCCAGACAAUAGCACUCUCCAAAAUCAAGUACGUCUUGUCGCCAAGAAAUUGAUCCAAAGCUUGGAAAAUCCUCCACCUUUGGUUUGGGAAUGCCAUGUCAUCAAUAGUAAUCAAGUCAAUGCUUUUGUCCUACCAACUGGAAAGAUCUUUGUUUAUUCUGGACUUUUCCAAAUUGUUAAAACUGAAGAAGAUCUUGCUGCAGUGCUAUCACAUGAAAUUGGACAUGCAUUGGCAAGACAUACAGCUGAACAUAUGUCAUUGUACAAGAUUGGAAUUGUAUUGUUGGCAUUGACACGUGGAUUGAUUGGUGAAACUAUUACUGGAAACUUUACCACUUACCUCUCUACUCGUCUUUUGGAACUGAGUUACUCUCGUCUACAAGAGAUUGAGGCUGAUAUUAUUGGAUUGGGUAUUCUCCAACGAUCUGGUUUCAACGUUGAAUCUGCCAUUAGAAUCCAAGAGAGAUUGGGUGCCUUGGGUGAAGAUGAAGAUAUCUAUUCCAACAUGUUAUCUACUCAUCCAAGAUCUUCAGAAAGAAUCGCUCAAAUUAAAACUUGGAUUCAUCAAAAUCAUCCUCCCCAAAAGAAUCUCAACUAG